GAAUCAGUUGGGCAGAGGAACUGGAGAGAGGAGGCAGUUUUGCUAAUUGGUAGGAGACAUCAGUGAGUACAGUACGUUAUUAAGGUAUUUGGACAACAUCAUCAAGUACCUAUUGAGAAAAGGAGAUGUUGAAUGGGAGAAUGAUCUGCUGAAAGUGGAAAGAUCUUUAGAUGACCCUGGAAAAUAAUGAAACUGCAAAGAAACCGGAGCAGUUAAAUUAAAAUUGAGAAUCUAGAGCCCUGAAUUAAAUACAGUGAGAAGCUGGAGGAACUGUGCACAGCAACUGCGCCAUGUGCUGAACUAAGUGACUUACAGACACCCUGACACUUCUUGGUCCUUGUUUUCUACAAGCCAACAACUGUCCUUCAAUCGCCAUGUUCCGGAUAGUGGUCCUGACCGCUUUCUGUCUCCAGGGUGUCCUCCUAGAACAGACCCGGGUUCUGGAGCAGAGAAAACCAUUCUUCGAGCGCUUUCGCAGGCUAGAGGAACAGUUUCGCAGGUUCCAAGAGCUAACACUGACACGUCUUCAGGGCAUAGCAGAAAAUUACAACUUGUCAUACAACAUUGACGCCCGCUUCCAACAUUUAACUGACCAGCAGAGGUCCAUCACAGAAGCUCUAAAUGCAACCAAUGAAGUGAAUCAGAGGGAAAUUGAUGGGGUAAAAUUCUGGUUGAAAAAACUCCAAAGGAAAACAAAGAAGCUUGACCUAAAGUUCUCCUCCCUAGAGGAGUCCAUGACUCAAAGAAAUAAGCAGGAGAUGAAAGAUAAGAAGGCAAAGGAUGCAUUGAUCUCAAACUUGACCUCAUCAAUUGGCAGUCAGAAGAGGCUUAUUGUACAGCUAGUUAUGGACAAGAAAGCACUACAAAAAACCCUGGAUAUAUUUCAGGAUUCGGUUCAAAGGCAGGGAAGCAAAAUAACUGCACUGGAGGAGAAACUAAAAGUCAUCAUGCAAAACGAGAUUUUACCACCAAGUGGUCUGACCGCAAAACAAAAUCUGAACCGAACUCCUGAUAAGAACAUUCCAGGACCUCCAGGGAUUAAUCCAAAUCCUAUAACUACCCAGCACCGAAUGGCAAAGCUUCAGUCCAAGCACAACCAGAUGAAGAGACUUCAUGAGGAGCAACAGCUGCUUAUCCCAGCCAAAAUGAUGAUGGCAUCUAUGACAGAACAACAUGGAACUAAGAACAUUAGCGUCCCAGUGGAAGAACCCCAGGGAAACGUGACAAAGAAUUGGAGGUUGCCAGAAGAACAACAGCAAGAUUAUGUGACAAAGAAUGAAAGAUUACCAGAGGAAGAACAACAUGGAACUGUUACAAAGAAUGUAAGGACAACAGAAGAAGAGAUUGAUUUUGUGACAAAGCACGAGAGAUUGCCAGAAGCGGAACAACAUCAUUAUGAGCCAACUAAUCCAAGCUUGCCAGAGAAGAAAGAACAUGACUAUGCAACCAAAAACUUGAGGUUAGCAGAGGAUAAAGAAUAUGAAGAUGUGACAGGCUUACCAGAGAAAGAAAGACCAGAGGUACAAGGAAGUAGGUCACCAUCAGCAGUAACAGAGAUCCCAAAAGAGCACAAGGAACAGAGCACUACACAGAGCACCACUGUGCAGAACACUAGUGAGCGGCAAACCAAGCAACCUGGCACAAUAUGUAACGUGGACUCAAUGUUGGUGUUCCCCAAUGCUUCAACUGAAAACUUUGUCACCUUCAGCAAAGGUCUAAGACAUGGACUUCAUGAACUGUCCAUCUGCAGUUGGGUGAGGACCGAUGCCAAUUAUCUGGGUACCAUACUUUCCUAUGCAACAGAAGAGAAUGACAAUAAGCUGGUGCUACAUGGCAGAAAUGGAGCAGCCUAUGACGCCCUCCACUUUGUCAUAGGAGAUCCUGUAUACCGAGAGUUGCCCGUGGUUCCUUUUUUGGAUGGCAACUGGCAUCAUACCUGCUUCAUCUGGUCAGCCAUUCAGGGCAAAUACUGGUUUUAUGUUGACCGAAGGUUGGCUUCUACCGGCUCCCGGUUUCAGAAAGGCUAUGAGAUACCUCCAGGAGGGUCACUGAUUCUUGGACAAGAGCAAGAUACCUUGGGUGGUGGUUUUGAUAGCUCUGAAGCUUUUGUGGGGAACCUGGCUGGCUUUGCAAUGUGGAACCGUGCUUUAUCCCCAGGUGAGGUCUCUGGCAUAGCCAUCGGGAAAGGCUUCCCAAGAGGUACCAUCUUAACAAUGGGAGAUGAACCUUCACUGCAUGGAUCUGUGCAAAAAGUAAGCUGUCCCUGCUUGGAAGACUGUAUGUAAUAAUGUGCCUGGACAGAAUAUUGAGUCAGUGAAUGAGGCCAAAACAGGCGGGCCUGAUUGGUACAUUAGACUGUUAAUUAUGUCUAUUAAUCAUCAGUAAAUAAUGUACCCUAUGCAAACCGUAUGUACCUUAUGACCUACCGCACUAACCCAGAGAGUCUGUAGACUCGGACUUGGAAGCUGUACACAUUAUAGCUCCAUAUCAUAUACAACAUUGCAGUUUUUCAUAUAGUAGGUCAAUAUUUCCUUAUAUUACAUGUUGGUGACUAGAUCAUUUUGACGUUUUGCAAAUUAAGCAGUCUAUGGGACCCAAAGCAUUUUAGUUAUAUUAAAGGGUCACAUUUGACCCCAAUACAUGCACCCAGUUUUAGAUCUAGUACUUCUUCUUACUGGAGUCACUGGCACUGCACAUGCUCAGUGUGCUCUGUGCUCUAGAUGCUUACUGUACAUACUUUAUAGUAAAACAAUUUUUUAAUACACAGUCAAAAUGUACAAUAUCACCUUGAUUGAAUAUAUGAAGUCUGGGUCUUCAAUCUCUGUACCUCCAGGCUGGACCCCACACAUAAAUGAAUGCCUUGUUGGGAUUAAAAUGCCAUGAAAAUGGGUUUAACUAUAA